AUGAGUUACUCUCGCGCCAUGCCACAUAUCCAACCUUAUCCUCAGGAGUUCUGUGCACAGCCAAACAUGGAAAACUGUGGCAAUAUCAAUACCAUCAAUGCAAUCAAUACCAUGACCAACUCCAAUAGCUAUAACCAAGUCUAUCGCCAAGUUUUUCAUCGUCCUAUUCAAUCAUCUGCGAUUGCGCCCCGUCAGAUCAAUAGGCACACGACUACCACGACCACGACCACGACUACGACCAAUAGUGCCACCGGUAAUGGCAAUAAUAACAAUAGCAGCAGUAGUGAUUCGCCCGUCAUUGUGCCCAGUAUGGCAACAUCACUUCCUAUUUCUGCCUAUGUGGAUUAUUAUCAUCAUCACCCAGCCUAUUAUUAUCAAGUCCAGCAAAAUUACCACCAACGCCCAACUCCUCCCACAAUCAACUCUCAUGCUCAUGCUCAUGUUCACGCUCAAGCCCAGGCUCAUGCUCAGGCUCAUGCUCAGGCCCAGGUCCAGGCUCAGGCUCAGGCUCAGGCUCAGGCUCAUGCUCAAGCUCAAGCCCAGACUCAUCCACAUCAUCAGCCUGUAGCAGUUCAGCAGCUUCCUAUCCAUCAUACCCUAGAAAAUGCCACAAUUACAUAUGACACUGUUCUGGAUCCCCAAUCCCAAAAGGACCUUGUCAAGGAUGUCUUCUUUUCGCCAGCCAUGACACCAGCCUACAAUCGCGCCACCACUCCCGAAUCGCUGUCAUCAGCCUGUUCCCAGAGUGAUAGUGAGUCCGACAGCGGAAUGUCUCUGCCUCUCCAUGAUGACACACCUACCGAUCUCCUUCUCCAGAGUGCCUCUGACGAAAUCCCGUUAUUCUAUUUUGGUCUGGAACUUGAAGACCAACAGCAACAGCAACAGCAACAGCAAUAUCAUCUUCUUAUUAAUCAUAAUCAUAAUCAUCAGCAUAACCAUCAGCAUAACCAUCAGCAUAAUACUUGUAAUCAGCAUACCCAUCAACAGAAUCAAAUGAUGAUUAAUGAGUCUCAAGUCCGAUUGUCUUCGUCCUCUGUGAAGCAGAAACCCGCUUUUUCCCUGCAACUUUCUCACUUUGACAAGGCACAAGGUUCAUUUCUUGAUUGUGCUGCUAGCACUCUUCCGACUCCCCCUGACCAUCGCGAUCUCAGCUACGGUCAGAUCACUCUUGACAGAUCCAACAGUAGUGGACUGAAGCGCAAAUCAGGACAUGUAGAGCCUACUGCUUCUGCGGCCGCUGGUGGUUACGUCAAGAAACAGAAACAAACCAACUGGCGGGCCUCGGUCGUGCCUGUGUCCCAAGAUGAACUUCUUGGCGAUACCUAUUUUGCUUCAGAUGAAGAAAGCUCCGACGAUGAGGAUUCCCUCUCGGCCCGCGUAGCUCGCUGGAAUGGUGCUGUUGACCCUUUCGGAUUUGAAAGCACGAGCACGCACCUAUCCGCUUCAUCGGACAGUCAAAUGUUUUCAGCUGGCGAUCAUCAACUCUCGGCAUCGGAGGACGACGAUGAUGAUGAAGACGAAGAAGACGACGACGACGACGAAGACGACGAAGACGAUGAUGAAUCAGUAGUUUCCCAAUGGGAAAGACAAAAGACAUUCGAUCAUCACAGCAACCAGAAACAUAAGACCAACCGUCGUAACCAAAAGCCUACACCAGUUGUGACAAUAAAAAAAGACGAUGAGAACUAUGAAGAGAAUGUGGAAAACGAAGACGAAGAGACCAUGAGCUCUGGUGAUGAAGAUAAUGAAAAGAGCUGUGAGAAAGACUCGACAUCUACACAAGUUCCUUGCCGAUCGACUUGCCAGCCUACCAUCUAUCAGAAGCUCACAAAGGCAAAUGUGGACUGGUGCCGCUACUGUGGAACAACCGAAGGAGUCAAUUGGCGCCCUGGACCUUGGGGAAAGCGUACUUUGUGCAAUAAGCAUGGAUGUGAUUACAAGGGCUAUGGAUUUGCCUGCAAAUUGCCCCGACUUGACCUAACAGGAUUUGCAAAGGAGUCUAUUGAUGAUCGUGACCGGCCUGUGCUUCAGUUGUUCUGUUCUGGAUGCCAGCGCCAGGAAUCGUGGCAGGACAAUGUACUGGUCCGAUGUGAGGGAUGUCCGAAAGCACUCCAUCAAAAGUGUGCAUCCGAGCAUCACGGACUGACCGACACAUUUGUGGCAAGCGAUGAAGCCUGGUUCUGUGACUCUGCCUGCAGCGACAAUGCACGACGCAAGAGAAUCGUGGUCGAGCUUCCCCGAAAGCGUCUUCCUCUCAUGUGUGCUCCAAAGAACAAUGCGGCCCAAGCAUCAGACAGUUUGAACCCUCGCACUCGCUCUUUACGCGAUGUAUCUGGAAACAAUCUUCGCUAA